AUGCCCAAUCCAGGGCCAGGUGAAAUUCCUGCAGCAGCCGCUGCUUCUCCGCCAGCUCUCCCGGAGGUCAUAGAGCCGCUACCUCGGCGGGCUCUGAUCCCGGUGGCAGAAGCCUCUGGCCAACACUUCCAGGAUCCGGCUCCAGCUGAACUGCCCAAGCUAUACCUGCCUCUCCCGAUCUCAAGAAUGCCUUUUUCUGCCUACACCUCGCCCCAGCAUCACAGCCCAUCUUUGCCUUUGAAUGGGAAGAUCCAGUCAGGGGCACCAAACAGCAGUUCACCUGGACUCCCGUACAAGGGUUUAGGAACGCCCCAGCCAUCUUUGGGGAAGCCUUGGCUUCUGACCUGGACUCAUUCCAUCUGGAAGAGUUUGGAUGUUGGCUCCUACAGUACAUGGAUGACCUGCUGCUGGCUGCUGAGACCAAGGAAAAAUGUUGGGAAGGGACAAAAGCCCUGCUCCAGCUGUUGA